CUAUACAACGCCCCACGUUUAUUGGCUGAUCUGGAAGGACGAACUGGAUGCAACGUGCAGGAUUAGCGAACGUAUUAGACGGAUUCAACCGAGCAGAGCGUUUAUACAUGGGGCAUGAUUUGCUGAUAUGACGGAUACAGAUUAGGGUGUUUACAGAGGAGAGAUGCGUUGUGCGUUAUGACGAAAAGUCGCGUUUGAGCGGACUUGCGUGGUUUUGUCAGGAGAACCUGCCCUCAACAUUCAUCUUGUUAUGUAAUUCAAAUGGAUGCAGAACGGCAGGAGAAGUCGCCCAUCUAUCUAGCGAUCUUGGCAACAAAAAAAGCACGAAUGGAUUAUACUGAUUGAAAAAGGACAGGGUUGCAGCAUAUGAUCGAAUGCACACCUUUUUUGAGGGGAGAAUUAUAUUUUAAGUAUUGGAAGUACGUGUGGGCAUCCUGUGGCCUAUCCUGAGGUGUAGCGAGGUCGCUUGCAACUGCACUCGUUCCGCCGAUCUGGUGCAAGUCUGUUUCCAGAGUGACAUCUUCUACGCUCGUAUCCGAAUCCAUGCGGAUUGGUUUGAGAGGAGGCACAUCUGAGGUGUACUCAUACGGUCUGUAUCGUACUGAUUUCAUUCUAGAACAAGCGUUGGUUGUGUGUUACAAUGGCGGGCCAGGAAGAGCAGCCACCCCGGCAGCAGAAGCAAUCGGAGGAGAAGGCGGAGAAGGACAUAGACGAUGCGGAGCUCGCCCUGGCCGGCAUCAAUAUGCUGCUCAACAACGGAUUCAAAGAGAGCGACGAUCUGUUCAAAAGAUACAGGACACAGAGUCCACUGAUGAGCUUCGGGGCCAGCUUCGUCAGCUUCUUGAACGCCAUGAUGACCUUUGAGGAGGAGAAGAUGCAGAUGGCCUGUGAUGACCUGCGCACCACAGAGAGGCUGUGUGAGAGCGACAGCGCAGGUGUCAUCGAGACCCUUCGCAACAAGAUCAAGAAGAGUGUGAGUAUGGACGCUCAGAGGUCCGGGGUGGCGGUCGUCGACCGCCUGCAGAGACAAAUAAUCGUGGCAGACUGUCAGGUCUACCUCGCUGUCCUCUCAUUCGUCAAGCAAGAGCUGUCAGCGUACAUCAAGGGGGGCUGGAUCCUCCGGAAGGCCUGGAAGAUGUACAACAAGUGCCACAGUGACAUCGGCCAGCUGCAGGAGGCCUGCCAGAGGAGGUCCUCUCUGUCGGACAACGCCAACCACAACUCGGCGGUGACCUGCGUCACGGCCGAGGCCCUGGACCGCCUCAAAGGCUCGGUGAGCUUCGGCUACGGCCUCUUCCACCUGUGCAUCUCGAUGGUGCCGCCGCACCUUCUCAAGAUCAUCAACCUGCUGGGUUUCCCCGGCGACCGCCUCCAGGGCCUCACCUCCCUCAUGUACGCCAGCGAGAGCAAGGACAUGAAGGCCCCGCUGGCCACGCUGGCCCUCUUGUGGUACCACACGGUAGUGCUACCUUUUUUUGCUCUGGACGGCUCAGACACCACCGCAGGUCUGCUAGAGGCCAAAGCCAUUCUGCAGAGGAAGUCUUUGGUCUACCCCAACUCCUCCCUCUUCAUGUUCUUUAAAGGACGAGUCCAGAGGCUAGAGUGCCAUAUCAACAGUGCUUUGGUAUCUUUCCAUGAUGCUUUAGAGCUUGCAUCAGACCAAAGAGAGAUCCAACAUGUGUGUCUCUAUGAGAUUGGUUGGUGCAGUAUGAUAGAGAUGAACUUCGAAGAUGCGCACAGGUCAUUCGAGAGGCUGAAAAAUGAGUCCCGCUGGUCUCAGUGUUACUAUGCCUACUUGACUGGAGUGUGCCAGGGUGCUUCAGGUGACCUAGAGGGAGCCAGCGGGGUUUUCCAAGACGUGCAGAAACUGUUCAAAAGGAAGAAUAAUCAGAUUGAGCAGUUUGCCCUGAAACGGGCUGAGAGACUGAGGAAGACCCCGCCAAGCAGAGAUCUCUGCUUCCUGGGUGUCAUCGAAGUUCUCUACCUGUGGAAAGCACUUCAAAACUGUUCCUCCUCCAAACUACAGAUAAUGAACCAAGUGUUACAGGGUCUGGACGACGUACCUUGCAGAGGUUUAAAACACCUCCUUCUCGGCUCCAUUCACAAAUGCCAUGGCAACACUAAAGAUGCUAUUCAGGAAUUUCAGCUUGCCGCCAGGGAUGAAUACGGCCACCAAAUCAACUCGUACGUACAGCCAUACGCCGUCUACGAACUGGGCUGUGUUCUUCUCACCAAACCAGAGACGGUCGGGAAGGGGAGAUCCUUGCUUCUACAAGCAAAGGAGGACUUCAGCGGCUACGACUUUGAGAACCGGCUCCAUGUACGCAUCCACUCAGCGCUGGCGUCCCUCAAGGAGCUUGUGCCUCAGUGACCACAGGCUGUGCUGCCUAUCCAAGCAUGGUUCUCAGUGUGUGGUUCACAAGCCAUUCAUUCUCCUGUAAGAAGCUACUGUGGACAGGGUCCUCAUCUGCCCCAUCCCUUUCCUGAACCACCCCUCAUCUAUAUUUGACAUGUUUACCUCCACAUAUGUAGUAUCCAACAUUUUCAAAGCUCGUUAGACAUGUUUCUUUGUGACGGGUGUGGUUGGAGCGUUCAUAAUGGCACCUCCCAUCACCCCUUUUUCUCUUUAAUCCAUUGAAGUACAUAAAAGCAGCCUUUCACUGACGUCAUGCGAUAACAUGAACGCAUGGAAACGAUCCCGCUGGUUCUUCACUCUUUGUUCAAACAGAAAAACGUGAGGGAGUCAUCUGAUGAAGUCCAACGCACUCGUGGUGUUGGGUUGUCCUUUUCAACAGGCACAAGACAAAGCCAGUUUACCUCCUAUUUGUUGUCAUCUUGGAUUUCUGGUUCUGCAGGCGCUUAGCUCUCAGACUCCUGGGCUUUGAGACAUUGCAUUACCAGUUCCACCCAAAUGCAUCGAUCAUCCCACCAUCGUCUUUGUAACAUUUGGCACACCACACUGAAAUAUCGACGUUAUCAGGCAAACGUUAAUUUGAAAACAGUGGGUAUUGACAUGUGCUCCGAAACCGUCAAAGAAAUAUACUAGUAGAUCUACCCCCUCUUCCAAUGUAUUUGGUAUUCAAAGUCAGCGUUAUAUACAUUAAAUACACUCGUUUUUUUCAUGUUAUAAUUAUUUAUAAUUCCAUGAUGUGGUGAUUGAGGUUAAGCAAUGAGAGUUGAGGUGAAUUAAAACAAUCACGUUAAGAGCAGUGUGACAAUGAAACAGCCGUGGCCUAAAAAAGCCAUCAUGAUAGACGCCUAGUCAAGUAUAGCAGAUGUGAACUUCAAGUUGGGCAUAGUUGAUGAUGGGGUUUAUGAGCCCCCGGUGGCUUUACUUAAUAUGAAUGGAGUAUUAUUUCAGGGCACUCGAACUAUAUCGCUCUGAAGCAUGGUCAGCAGGGAAAUACAUUAACAUCUGAACCCUUAGGAAUAUGUACAAAAUAGGUUCUCAUUAUUCGUCCCUCCCUGGGUUUAGCAGCGUGUAGGCGUACAUGUUGUUUUCCUCCGACCUUGUUCACAGCCGACAGUCCAAUGUAACCACGAGUGGGGUUGCUGUUGAGUCCUAGAAGUGAGGGUUGGGAAUGAAUACCAUGUUGAUGCUGCCUCAUCUUGGGUUGUUGAAAUUGAGGUUGUGUUCUUUCAGGAUUAUGGCCUCCGUGUGUUACUUAACUCUCUAAUAAAGUGUUGUCAGUUA